AUGUUUUUGCUCCACAUUUUGCAGUCUCCUGGACAGGAGCCUGAAAGCUUUUGCACGCUGCACAUUGUGUCAAAGACGGGGCAUGUUUGGAAGCGGCGAGUGCUGCUGAACUCUUUGAUCGGGCCUGAAUUGACUUUGUUUGGCAAUAAGUUUUCUGACAGCUCAGACAUCGGAUUCUUUUGUGAUCAAGCGGCGGUGGACCCACAAGCUCUUGUGUCUUCACUUCCUCAAGUUGUGAAGGGGCAUGUGGCGAUUGUGGCUUUUCUUGCAGAGGAGCGCCAGCAGGUUGAGACAUCUGACAUGUACCAGAGUCUUGCUGAAGUUGCCGUGCAUAAGAAGCCAGACCGCGAUAGCACUGUGAUUGCCACACUCCUGCCACACAGCCAGGUGAAGUUUUUGGAAGAAGUUGAGCUUGAUUCAAACACAUCCAUGGCGCUGGUGGAAGCAGGUGGCAAUCAUGGCUUCGUGCUGUGGCGCGCGUUGGGUGAGCCAAGCUGCUUCUUCAAGACCUUCCCAGAGAUCUUGGCUGAUGCCUUGCCGGACGCCUUGCCUCAAGAGCAAGAGGGGGGGAGGAGCGCUGGCCAAGACCCACCGUGCACAUACAAGAUGCGGCGCGAAGCGUUGGAUCUCUUGCACGAAGCUUCUGAGGCUUGGCUGGCGGAUUUGCUCAGACGGGCCAACAUGUUGACGAUUCAUAGAAAGCAGGUCACUUUGAAGGUUGAGGACAUCCA